AUGCCCGCCCAAGCUGACCUCAGCGUCUCCAACCUCUUUUCUUUCAACAAGCAUGUCGCCCUGGUGACUGGAGGCGCCUCUGGGCUCGGCGAGAUGGCUUCGCAGGGCCUGGUGCAGAACGGCGCCCGAGUCAUCAUUGCGAGCCGCAAGGAAGCCGAACUGAAGAAAUGCGCGGACCGAUUAAACAAACUCGGUCCCGGAACAUGCGAGUACAUCGUUGCCGAUUUGAAGGAUAAGGCUGGCUGUGAUUAUCUGGCUACAGAGGUUAAAAAGAGAACGGAUAGGUUGACGGUUUUAGUUAAUAAUACGGGCGUUACUUGGGGUGCGUCGUAUGAGGACUUCCCAGAGACUGGUUGGGAUAAGGUUAUGGCAUUGAAUGUUAAGUCCAUUUUCUAUUUAACCGUUGGAGUCCUACCACUUCUCAAGAAAGCCGCCUCGCCGGAUAUGCCAUCCCGUGUGAUUAAUAUCGCAUCGAUGGCAGGCAUUUCAACUCUCGACCCUACCGCCGCGGACGAUGGAGGUCUGUCCGCACCAGGAACCGGACCAUUUAGCUAUGGUCCCUCAAAGGCGGCUUGUAUCCACCUUUCCCGGCAACAAUCGUCAAAGUUCGCCCCAAUGAACAUCAUGGUGAACUGCGUGUGCCCCGGUGUCUUCCCCUCCCGAAUGUCGAACUUCGGCAUCGAGAAAUAUCUCGAUACCCUCCUUGACGCACAACCCACUGGCCGCGUUGGCAAGCCUGAGGACUUUGCCGCUCUGAUUUUGUUCCUUUGCAGCUACGGCGCAUCACAUUUGACUGGGAACGUUAUUGAGCUUGACGGUGGAAGCAGCCGGAGUGGGUGGAGAAGUGGAUCGAGGCAAAAGAAGCUAUAG